CGAAGAGGAGGCAGCAGCCGGAGGGAGGGAGGGGGACCAACCCGAGCACAUCCAGCCGGACAGAGGAGCAGAGGGCCCGGCGUGGCCAUGUCCUUCAGCCCGAAGCACUCCACCCCCUUCUCAGUCAGCGACAUCCUGAGCCCGAUGGAGGACAGCUACCGGAGGUUCGGAGGCAUGGACCCCGCUGCGGGGAGCCUCGGGUCCCCGCUGGGCGCCUACCGGCAGCAGCACGUCUCCCAGCCCGGUAUGCAGCACCAGCAACAGCAGCAUCAGCAUCAGCCACCUCAUCUCCACCACCAUCACCACCACCACCAUCAUCACCACAUGUCCUCCCCAUCUUCAUCCUCCUCCUCCUCUUCCUCAGCCUCGGCCACCGCUGCAGCUGCCCUGGGACCCGGCGGGCCCUACCACGUGCCCCACGGGGUGCCGCAGUUCUCCGGGCCCGUCGGUGGAUUCUGUAACGGAGGCCUCGGGAACGUGGGCGAGCUCCCGUCUUACCAGGACACGGUGCGGGGCGGAGGAGCGGCGGCGUGGUACGGUAACCCGGAGCCGCGGUACCCGACAAUCUCCAGGUUCAUGGGCCCGUCCUGCGGGAUGAACAUGCCCGGGAUGGUGGGCUCCCUGGCCGGGAUGGACCCGUCGGCCAAGUCGGUGGCGGCGCUGCACGCGGCCCCGCGCAGGAAGCGGCGCGUGCUCUUCUCCCAGGCGCAGGUGUUCGAGCUGGAGCGACGCUUCAAGCAGCAGAAGUACCUGUCGGCCCCGGAGCGGGAGCACCUGGCCGGGCUCAUCCACCUCAGCCCCAACCAGGUGAAGAUCUGGUUCCAGAACCACCGCUACAAACUCAAGCGACAGUCCAAGGACAAGGCCGUGCCGCCGGACGCAGGAGGCGGCCUGUGCGCCUCGACGCGCCGCUCCUCCUCCGUGUCUCCGGUUCUGUCCAAGACCGGAAAGAGCUGCCGCAGCGACUCCGACGGCUCCAACCAGCCCGGGAACCGACAGCGCAGCUCGGGGGAGGUGAUGACAUCGACCCCGCAGCAGCAGAACCACCACAUGUCGUCCCCGGAGGAGCUGGAGGACUUGUCUCCCAUGUCUCCCAGUCCUCCGAUGGGACUUCACGCGCAGAUGAACAUGACGCAAACGGACGCGGCGCUCAUUGAAUACACCAACAGCAUGAUCGGCUCCAAUCUACUGUACGGGAGGACUUGGUAGGGACACCGGGAGCAGGACACGCGUCCCCGGGCGUGAGGGGAACGUCCCCGGGGAAGACUCUCUGGAGAAGACUUUUUCUCUCCGUGCGUAAAGUUGUGUAUUUGUUGUGCGCACAUGGACACACGCACACAAACUGUAACUAGACACGGAUCUGGAUGUUGCGGAUGAUUUGCUCCUUUCUUUGUGUUUCUGAUAUAAAUGAUCAAACUGAACCAUCUGAGCAGAUCAGGAUGUGAACGCUUCCAUUUCUACAGAGAAAGUAAAUUAUUGCAGGUUUAUAUAUGAAGUCAAUACAAAGCCAAUUUAAAAAUUAUAGUUUACAGCCGUUUCUCCAUUUGAAAUAAACGAGUUGAGAAACAUUUUGGCUGAAGCCGAAAGUCAUGAAAUAUUCUGUUUCCAGUUUUGAAUAAAUGAAAUUUUUCAUUUGAACUUUUCAUUGGUUUUUAAAUUGUGGAAUUUAAAAGGUUUAAAAACUUCAGAUGUUUUUAAGGUGGAUUUGGAGAUUUGUUCUAUAAACAUGAGGUUUGGAUGAAUGAUGGUUUUCUGACUCAUUUUAAUGCAGCAGAAUAUUCAAGCAAAAAUAUAAAAAUGCCAUAAAUAUCCUGAAGCUAAAUCGGCUGCAGUUAAAUCUGCAACAACUCCGAGAUUCAAAUCUACGUUUCCUUCUUUGAAAAUUAAAACAGCUUAUUUUC